AUGAAAAAUGAUAACGCAGUAGUUUACAAGAACAAUACUUGGACCAUAUACAACAACAAGUCCAACGCCCCUGGGAAUAAGAAAAAAAGCCGAGUGGAAUACCUCACCCUGUUAGGGAAGGGACAACUGUUUGACGAGGCGGCGAAUCAAAAUGAGGGUAAUCAAAGCGAAGUGACGGACAUGUACAUCUACACAGGCAAGGGAGUGGAAAAGGUGUCUUUAAACACAGCCUCAAAAGAGAAAAAAAACGAAACGAACAAAAACAAACGGUUUCAGUAUUUAAAGGAUAAAAUAACGAAUGCAUUAAAAAAUCAGGAAAGGAUAAAACAGAAUACGAGUGAGAAUGAAUUUCCAGGUGCUAACGAAAAUGACCCCAGAGAUGUCUUCAUUUUUGAUAAGCUUAAGAAUGAAAUAAACAUUUUCAGCAGCAAGGAGCUAAAGGAAGAGGAACACAAAAAGGAAACGGAUGAUGCAACAGUGGAUACCUAUCCUUUGGAGGGGUCAUCAUUUCCUCAUACACAUGGGCACACAACGGAAGAUAUUACUCCUGGUGCACAUGUGCACCCCCAGGCAAUUGCUUCUGUCACCUCAAACCAUAUAGGAGAAAACUUCCCAUCUGUAACAGACGACGUGGGGAUUCUACCUGGUCAUGGCGACUACCGCCAUGAGGAUGAAUAUAGGGAGGGUGAGGAACCUCUCUACAAAAAAGACGAAUAUGAGCUUGCGAUCCCAUCGGAGAACCGCGCCAAGCUUGAUGAUGAAAAGAAGGAAACUGCAAAGGAGAUGCAACCCGCAGAGGAAUCCUCCACGAAACCGAAUGGUGAGUUUUUCAUCUACACAGAAAAAUGUAGUGACUUUAGCAGCGAAACGGAUGAUGAAAUUUAUUCUGAAUUCGAAGUGGAGACCCCCAAAUGGGAAAGCCACCCCGGAAGGGGAAACUUUAUGCCGCGUUUGAAGAACCAAACGGGGGAAGUAAGAAAGGGGGCAAGCUUCCAAAGAGAAAAAGUCGUGGAAAAGCGUAAAAAAGAGAAAGAGCGGGAGUACAUAUCAUACCACCAAGGGGGGUCGCAGGAAAGGGGGGUGUACGAACGAGGAGCGUUCCAGAAAGGAUGGCUUGAAAAAGGCCCCUAUGAGAACAGCUGGAGCGAGGAUAACCAAGGGGAAUACCGCCCGUACAAAGACAUAUCGAGAAAACAAGCGAAGUGUGUCCAUCGGCGCGACGAAUUCAACACUGUGCAAAAAGAAAUGCACCACCUCAACGUGGAAAUAAACAAUGUCAAGGACAAAAUGAACAUAAUCAACAACAAGAAAAACGGAAAAAUAAACGUGUUGAAUAAAAAAAUUAAUAUUUUGAAAAACAAACUGAGCGAUAGCUGUGUCAAUAAUCUAAACGACGACAUAAACAUUGUCAACAGUCAAAUCGACAUUUUAUUUAUAAAAAAAAUUAACAAAAUGUACAAACAGAUAGAUUCCUACGUCAAGAAUAUAAACGACCAGAUAGUGAAGAAUUUGUCCACGGACAGAACCCUGGAAAGUUUCGAUUCGCCCCUGUACAGCCACAUACAAAGACAAAUAAGCAACAUAAAGACGCAAGUAAGUAAUUUACAUGAUCAGCUGAACAGUCACCUGUACCAGCAGAAAAGCAACAAAAUGUUUAACCAAAUGAAUAGCCAAAUUAACAACACCAGUAAUCAGAUCGGUCGGCACCUUGGUUGCCAGUUGCAUAGCCAAAGAGGACUCUCAACGGUGGACUCAAAGCGGAUAAUUCCAAAUGAGCAGUGGAGCUAUCAGAGGAACUCCAAAGGAUCACUUGCCGUGGAAGAACACCUAUUUCCUCCGCAGCAUGAAAAAAAAAUGCACAAAAAAAAAGGCAUCCUUAAGAAGGAAGAGUACCUCUAUAGGGAUACCCCCUUUUGUAAGAAUACCUGUCACGAACUGUACCCACAAAUUAACUUCAGCAGUGCAGAUGAAGGUAGUGACGCAGAUGAGGACGCAAACUACUAUACACACGUCAGUAAAUACCACAAUGGAGGUGCUAUUAACGUGGGAGAAUAUCCAAUUGAAAGAUUCGCCUGUUCUUACGACGCUAGUGUUACAACGUAUGGAACACAUCGCGGGAAAACAAUCCGAGGCGGAAGUAAAGGGUACAACUCAAGUGAUAGCUGCGGAAGCAGAAUUUCAAAAAGAAGGAAAAGGAGAAAUUAUAAUGAAGCAAAUUAUUAUCAUCUUAAACUGAAGAAGAAAUUAAGUAACGUCUUUAGUCAUAAUGUCAAGUGGGAAACUGAUAAAUGUAGUGAAGGUACGGACAACGUGAAGCCUCAGUCACAGAUCAACGAAGAUGGUGUACACAGCCGAUCUGCCGUUGCAACAGAUGAGCACACAGGUCUACGUAGUGAUGAAUAUCCAUCAGGAGGUCAAACUCUGAGAUGCGAAAAAGGAGACGGUCUUAUGCAAUUCCACGAUGAAAGUGGUAAGGUGGGUGUAGUCGAAGCGGCAGACGUGAUCGAAGUGGCGCACGUUGCCGAAGCGGAGGAACCUGCUGAGAAGAAACCAAACACAGAGGAGGCGUACCACCCCUUCAACGACCAGAAGCUAAUGUAUUUAAAAAAAAAAUUGAUGAAGUUGGAUUUAUUUAAAAGGAAUCAAAAACGGAAAAAUGAAAAGGAUGGCCUAAACCAUAGCGAUGUGAAAACAGAUGCCAACGAACAAGAAAACGAAAAAGAGAAAAGGAUGGCCCCUAUGGAAGUAGAAAAUGGGUCGGAUAAAGCCAUCGAAUUAGUUUCACACACAGAGAAUGGGGACACGUUACAGAAUGGCCCACCAUCAACGUAUAAAAGGAGCAGGUUCAUGUUUGUAGAAGAAAGGCAAGGAACGGAAGUUAUUGGAAGCAGUGGCGACCCGUAUGGUAAUUACAAUACAAAGAACCACUGGGAAGGGCAAGCUAGCCAAAACGAUAGGAGAAGGGAAAGUUACCCCACCGGAGAUAUGAACAAUGCAAAUGAAUCCAGAGACUUCGUGUCCAUGUUUCAAAAAUUGGUUCGAAAAAAAGGUGAAAAUGAGCAAAGCGAAGAUAAGGGGCAAAAUGGAGUACCCCAUUUUUAUGCCAACACCGGUGAGGAUAAAGAAGCUGACGAUUCUUUCCUCAGUGAUAAAUCCACUUUCCUUCGGGAUGGUGACCAGCGGAAGGUGGAUAAAGGAGAAGAAAACGUAGAUAUGUUGAGACAUUUUUUUUUUUUAAAAGACGAAAUGAAGGACUCGGAAAAUGUGCAGGAAACGACUAGGAUGGAUAAUACAAGUAAUGAUCAAAAGGGAGUAGGAAAAAGUCGGAACGGAUGGAGAGAACCCAGUAGCUAUCCCAGUGCAAGCGAAGCAACAAAUGAAAAUUUCCGGAACAGGAAAGAUGCGGAGAUCGCAAAUUCUUUUAGCAUAGACCAAAUUUAUGAGUACACGGUAGAUUAUUAUCACCAAAUGAGCGAAUCAAAGGAGGGGGGAAAGGAGCCCAACACCUUCACCAACGUAUCAGGAGUGGCCAAUGAGAAGAAUCAAAUGGACUGUUAA